GUUUAUAUGGGUGCUCAAUAAUCUGUAGCAGAGGGAAUAAUUAAAUCAAAGAACUUCACCAUAUUAGGAUAUAAAGAAAAUGAUAUUUACGGAUCAUUCAAAAUAAUAGAGUCACAGGGAAGAUCAUAUGCAAUGGUCUAAAAGACUUGUCAAAAUCAUGAAAGUUAUAUUAAUUUAUGCAAAAUAUUAAAAGAGACUUAAUAAUUAAAUAGAAUACAAUCACUAGUGAAAUUGGUAGAAGUAGAUAUGCAAGAAGAAUCUAAUUUAUGUAGUACUUUCUAUAAGGUAUCUGCCUUAUAUGAAUACUAUGAUAUAACAUUAAGGGAAAUAACUAAGUAAGCAUCAGUAAAUUGUUUAUAUGUUUUGAAAUCUUUAUCAGAAGGGUUGAAAGAAUUAUACUCAGAAAAUUUUGUACAUGGAAAUCUUACACCUGAUUUUAUACUAAUUGAUAAAUAAAAAGGUGAAGUGAAGCUUAACAAUUGUACUUAACUUACUGGAUAUAAUCAUUAUAAACGUAUUCUAGCUAGUGAUGGAUAAUGGUAUUUAUCUCCAGAAUAAGUAACAGCAUUGGAAAAGAAAGACUUAAGACCUCAAUAUAAUGAUGAAAAGAGUGAAGUUUAUUAAUUAGGAUUGAUAGCCUUAGAAUUGUGGGGAAACGGAAAUAUACAAUCUUUUUAUAAUAAAUAGACUUAUACAUUAAAUAAAAGUAAAAAAGUAUUAUUCAACUUUAGAUAUUAUAAAUGAAGCGGUUGAUGAAUUUGGGGUUAAGAAUGGUUACGUUUUGAAAAAUGUUAUCAAAUUAAUGUUGCAAGAAGAUCCAAAUUCUAGACCUACAAUGGGAGAAUUAAGUACUUCUUUUUCAUAAUUAUAUGAUAUUUAAAUAAAAAUAAAGGAAGAAGAACCUAAAGCUCUUUAAAAUACAUAACCAGUUACGCAAUAAUAAGUGGUUACAUUAUGUGAGUUAAAUUAAGAAGAGGUUCAUUAAGAUUUAGUGCAAAUCCAUAAAGAAUCAUUCUAAUAUCAAGAUUUAAAUAAUUCAAAUGAAAAUUUUAAAUAAUAAUUUGAAGAAUCUCCUAAAAAGGUUGAAAAAUAAAAUUGUGAGAUCCAUCCAUAAUCUGUAAAAUCUUCAGUUUCUUAAUCUAUCAAAGAAUACUAUGUUACUGGAUCAAUAGCUGCUUAAUUUGGCUAAUUAAAUCUACUUGAAAAUAAUGCUGAACAUUAAUCUAUUGGAACAGCUCAAUUUGAAAAUCAUAAUUCUUUAGAUUAAGAUGUACUAAAAGAAAAAUCUUAAAAUCUAUAAACAAAUUCAAAUAAAAGCAAUGAAUCAACACUUAAAAAAAAGAGUGUAAAAGUAAAUAACAAUACGUCAAAUAAAAAGUCAAUAUCUAUUAAGAGACCCAAACAUGAAUCAAUUGAAACUAAACUUCCAAAAUAAGCUGUUGUUAUAAAUAAAAGAAGAUGA